AUGAAACGAGAAGUCUUAGCGACUUUAGCAAAAGUGUACGACCCCCUUGGCCUCGCGUCACCCACAACUCCUCAAGGGAAGCAAAUCUAUUGUGACGUUUGUGACGUCAAGGCAUCAUGGGAUGUACCUAUCCCAGACAGUGUCAAGUCAAGAUGGGAGAAGUGGAAAGAAUCCCUUCCAGCAGAAGUAAACACUCAAAGACCUUUGGCACCAUAUCAUGAGCAAGUCGAUUCAUUUGAACUACACGCCUUUGGAGAUGUGUCUGCCAUUGGAGUCGGGGCGGCGGUUUACUCGGUUGUACGCCAGAAGAGUGGAGUCACACAGUCUCUCGUCUCAGCCAAAGCAAGACUGGCUAAGAAAGAUCUCACCGUUCCUAGGUCAGAGCUCGUCAGCGCCCACAUGGCAACGAAUUUGGUUAUGAACGUGAAAAAUGCCCUUACAGAGCUACCUGAGCCUGCUGUCUACGGAUGGCUUGACAGUACUGUGGCGUUACAUUGGAUUUUAGGAAACGGUCAAUACCACCAGUUUGUUGCGAAUCGCAUACAAAAAAUCAAAGAACACCCGGAGGUCAAGUGGAGAUAUGUCCCAACCCUUGACAACCCAGGCGAUAUUGCAAGCAGAGGGGGUCUGGUCACUAACACAGAGCUCUGGUGGAGUGGUCCAGCGUGGUUACGAGAUCCCGAGAGCUGGCCUGAAAACCCUGUUACUGAAAAAUCAAAAGCUUCAGAAAAGGAGGCUAAAGUCACCAAAGAAGUGUUGAGCAUGGCGAAAAGUUGUCUCGAAGAAGAAGAGCAGAACGAAUUCGAUAGGCUUUUCAACUCUCAUGAUCUACGACGAGCACUACGAAUUCAAGCCUGGAUACAGCGUUUCACCACCCACAGAGAUCGCAAAGGACCCCUCACAAGUGAAGACCUGCGAGAAGUAAGAGACUGGUGGAUUAGAAGAGUUCAGAACCUGGAUUAA